AUGACAUAUUUAUUUCUAAUAUCUAAAAUUUAUAUUUUAAUACAGACAGGAGCAAAAAUAAUUAUUCGUGGUAAAGGAUCAGUUAAAGAAGGAAAAGUUGGCAGAAAAGAUGGACAACCACUUCCUGGUGAAGAUGAACCGCUGCAUGCAUUUGUUACUGCUAAUAAUCCUGAAAGUGUAAAAAAAGCUGUAGAUAAGAUUAAAGAAAUUAUAAGACAAGGCGUUGAAGUCCCAGAAGGCCAGAAUGACCUACGUCGCAUGCAGUUGAGGGAACUUGCUUUAUUAAAUGGUACCUUAAGAGAAAACGAUGGACCUCGCUGUACAAAUUGUGGUUCAUCAACACACAGAAGUUGGCAGUGUCCUGAUAAACCAAAUGUUACUAAUAAUGUUAUUUGUACUAAUUGUGGUGGUGCUGGUCACAUUGCAAGAGAUUGUCGUGAGAAGAAAGCUGUUCCUGGCCAGUUUGUUAGUACAGAAAAAUCUAAGAUUGAUGAAGAAUAUAUGUCCUUAAUGGCAGAAUUGGGGGAGGCACCUCUUCCACCACCAAAAACAACUCCCACAGCAACAUUUCAUACUACUACUACUUUGGUAGCAGCUCCAGGAAUACCUCGCCCAGUAAUGCCACCACCUUCAUCACAAACUACACAACCUACAGUGAGUGCACCAAUAGGCUGGACAGGGAAUGCUGCUAAACCACCAGGAAUGAUUGCUGCUACACCACCACCUCUUCAAGCUCAACCACCUGGAAUGAUGCCACCUCCACCACCUGGAAUGGGUCCUCAUGGCUUGGCCCCAUUACAUCCUCAGCCAGGAAUGAUGCAGUGGCCUCAGCCACCUCAACCUCCAACAUCUGUUGCCACAUCAGCUGCAGUAGGCACCCUUGCACAGCCAACUUUAGGACUUCAAGCAGUUCCUCCACCGCCACAACUUUUAGCGCAACCUCCACCUCCACCACCACCUCCAAAUAGUCAGCCUCCAAUACCUUCUACUUUGCCAUGGUUAGCUCCUCAACCGACACAAGGUGUUACAGCAGCAUCGGUGGCACCUUGGCAACCGCAGCAGCCACCCGCCAUGGUCACCGCCCCACUACCGGUACCUCCGCCUCCGGCGCCCGUCUUUCCCUGGGGAGGAUAUGUGGGAGUACCCCCUCCGCCCCCGGCCCAGCCCACCAUGCCGCCGGGAUUGGGAAUACCUCCUCCUCCGCCGCCGGGAAGCACUCCACUUCCUCCGGCCACGGCGGCCGCCGUCACCACCACGGCCACUUCGAGUGCCCAGAGCGUGGAUCUAACGGUCCUGGCCCAGGCCGUGCCCACAUUGCUGGCCGCCCCUCCCCCGCCUCCUCCCAGUUAAAAAUCCACGCUGGUCGUCUCUUUCGCCCGUUUAUCUUCGUUAUCUGUAUAUCUGCAGUGUUGUGCCACCCUCACUUAUUUUCACUUUUAAAAAUUCUCGUCCGACUUCGAAUCUGUAUUAUCGAUUAUCAAAUAAAACAAGUGAAACGAAACUUUUGGUAAAUAA